AUGCCGCCGAACAACACACCCGCACCAUCCGGACAGUCCAGCGCGCCUCGCAGGCGACCCACCGCCGAACGUGUGGUUCCAGCUAUACCAUUGGCAUUGACGAGGCCUCGGCCUGCGAAGACUCAGCCGAGACCGAAGCCGGAGGUGAAUGCAAAAAUCGAAGAUGAGCAUGUGACAGGGAAGACAGAGGAGGCAGUUGCUGCGGAUGUCCCGCCCGCGUCGGCUGUGAGCACCGGUGGUGGAAACCACUCUUCAACGGAGGCGGUAGCGGGAGCCGAAGCACCUCUAGCGGUCAAUGCGGUCAAAGAUGCAGCAGCUGCCAGGCCAGGAUCAGAAGGGAGUGCAGCAAUGUCACUAUCUCCUGGUGAUACGCCGGACCCGCCGACGCUGGCAUCAACCCGCUCGUUAACGCCACCACCUGCUGCUGAGGAGGCAGCGAGCCAUAUCACGACGCCGCCGUCUGCACAAAAGAAUGAGGACAAGUUUGACAUGCGGCACAUCAGGACUGAGCUACCACCCGCUUUCAUCCCCUCUGCCGAGCAACACACGCCAAGAUCAGCUGCCUCUUCCCACUCCAACCGCCCACAGUUCCUAUCGCAUGCUCAUCCUACCCACCCAAGUGUAGGCAGCAUUGUGUUUGGAGCGCAGGAUUCGCCAACUUCGUCACCCGCUCCGCCACUCUCCGGUGGCUCUGCGUUCAUACCUCCUCCCCUGCCUGGUCCUCAACAGCCCUACUUCGUUCCCAAUGGCCAUGCCCACCAUGUGUCUGAGCCAUAUGGUCAACGAAUGUUCCAGCAACAACAGCCACCAUGGAACCAACGUCACCCUUACGGACAGCAAGUGUCACAUGCGCCACAUCAUCAUCCUCAUGCUCAUACGCCUUUCCGCUACCCGCCUCGAGAAGUCUUCACGCCUACUGAGCCACGCAUGCCCAAUGGCAGUGCUUCGCGGUCGGACUCGCAAGCCUCUGCUGGCGCACUAGAUGGCGCCGAUACUGCGCCAUCUGUCCAGUCACCUACCCACGUGAACGGAUCGCAAGAAUCACGAGCUCCAUUAUCCAGGCAUGCUCAACCCCGCCCUAUGUCGUACAGCCAUCCCAGACCCCAACAGCCCCCUCCGCCACCCUUCCCAGCGCCCGGCUUCAACGCCGAUCUCGAGAAUGCGGAUGCUUUGCGCAGUCACAUUCUCGCUGAAGCCUCUAAUACCGAAUUUGCAGAUUGCCAUCUUCAGAUCACGGACACCGCGAGAGGCCUUACAUCUUCUUUCAGUGGACACAAGAUGAUCCUGAGCCGCAGUCCUAUGCUACUAGAACUCAUUAGGUCGGCAAAAGCCGCGGAGCCCAACGUAAAAGACGUCGAGGUGACCCUGCAAGGGCGCUACAACCACAUAGCGACGUUCUUGGAUGCUCUGAAGUACUUGUAUGGUGGUCCGCUGCAACAGCUUGGCCAUCACCGACCAGGCUCUUCUGCACACAAGAUGGAUGCCGCACUUCAGCACAUCUCAAUCGGAGCUUGGCUGAAGGUGCCAGCGUUGGCGAACCGAGGUGUGGAGUUUGCCAGCAGUCUGCUGCACUGGGACAGCAUGUUGCCAGCUCUGGGGUUCACUCUGCAGGGAGGGCUUAGCCAUGUGUGGAUUGUCGAUGAUGGCAGUGAAGACAGAGCAAGCACAUCAUCUAGCGACGACUCGCUCAGCAGAUCGGAGACCUUGGGAGCACCAACGUACGAUCCGCACGCGACGCACCUGCUUCAGCACUUCUAUCUGGAUGCAUCAGCUCCGCAUCUCGACUGUUGUUCGCGCCUACCCUCAGUACCACCACGCCAGGAGAGCCAGCAGCCCAAGCCUGAUCCCAGGUUGUCCCAAAUCCGCUUUGGCGAGGUUCCGGUUGAAGAAGAACACCAACGGCCAUCACCCACUACGACCACCAUCUCGAGCAUCCUGCUUUCCUUGCCAUUCGUUCUGCUCAAAUGGGUGCUCGAGCACUUCAACCUUGCAGCUAGACUUGGACCCGACACCGUCGCGAGCAUUAUGCGUCAAGUAGUCGCGGAGCGCGAGGUACGCCGCGUCAAGGCGGAGAAGGCACGGGUAGCCGGCCAGCUCGACACCGCAAUCGACCCUUUGGCUGUGCAAAACUUGCUCUGGCAAGAAUCCGUCGAGCCAUCGGCACAGCAUAGGGCGGGCUUCCGGCUGUUCAGGCGCAAGAGGGACAUCGACACGCCUCCAAGCUCGGGAGCGUGUUCGGAGAGCAACAAGUGA